AUGGCGCCCGCGUCCCGCUCCCGCUCCCCGCCCGCCGCCAGCUCCGAGCGCCGCGGCCGCCGCAGCCGGUCUCGCUCCCGCUCCCGCUCCCGGUCCCGCGAGCGCAAUGGCCCGAGGCGCCUGAGCCACCGGCGGAGCCGCAGCCGCUCCCGCAGCCCCGGCGCGCCGCGCUCCUCCGCGCACCACGGGCACCACCACCACGGCAAAUGGCCCGAGUACUACGAGAAGGAGAAGGAGGAGAUCCUGCGGCAGAGGAGACUCAAUGAGAGAGAGAGAAUUGGAGAACUGGGGGCACCUGAAGUCUGGGGGCUGUCACCAAAAGUUCCUGACCCAGAUUCUGAUGAGCACACACCGGUAGAAGAUGAAGAGGCAAAAUCUAAGAGUAGCUCUUCAGAUUCCAGCUCAGAAGAGGAAAAGAAGAAAAAAAAGAAGAAAAAACAAAAGAAGAAACGUAAAGCAUCCAAAAGAAAGCGCAGGAAACAUUCUGAGGACAGCGACAGUGACUCAGAGUCUGAGCAGAACUCCAGUGAUGAAGAUAAAAAGAAAAGCAAGAAGAGGAAAAAGAAGAACAAAAAGAAGAAGUAUAAGAAAAAGAAAGCUAAGAAGAGCAGGAAGGAAUCCAGUGAUUCAAGCAGCGAAGAUUCCGAUGAUGAAAUGCUUCAAGGGGAUGAUCUCUGGAUAGAGAGGUCAAAAAAUACUGAAGCUGACAGUUUGAUUGGACCAGAGGCUCCCAAAACUCACGCAUCUCAGGAUGAUAGGCCUUUGAACUAUGGCCAUGCCCUCCUGCCCGGGGAAGGGGCAGCCAUGGCAGAGUACGUCAAAGCAGGGAAGCGCAUUCCCCGCAGAGGCGAAAUCGGCCUGACCAGUGAGGAGAUCGCGUCGUUUGAGAGCUCUGGUUAUGUCAUGAGUGGCAGCAGGCACCGGCGCAUGGAGGCUGUGCGGCUGCGCAAGGAGAACCAGAUCUACAGCGCAGACGAAAAGAGAGCUCUGGCAUCCUUCAACCAGGAGGAGAGGAGGAAACGAGAGAAUAAGAUCCUUGCAAGCUUUCGAGAGAUGGUCUACAGAAAGACUAAAGGCAAAGAGGAGAAAUAAUGCUUCAUGUGAGCUGUACACCAUAGCUUGCACUGUGUGGCAGCUAGUGCAGUCCAGCUGUGAUUUGAAGAAAGCUGCAGGUGCUGCAGCACCUUUCACCCAACAGGCCCAAGCUCAGGAGUGGAUUACUUGUGUCAAGGAAACAGAGUUAUUUUCAUCAGAUUUUCUUGGAUGGUUUGUUUACCAUCUACAAGGAAUCCCUGCAAAGAGAAAGGCUGCAAGG